UAAAUUAAUGCUUGUAAGCCUAUACAUGUUGUAUGACCCAUCACAAGAGAAAGUGCGGAAGAAUAUCUGAGGUCAAUGACCUUACGUACCCUCACAUCUACAUCCAAAAUGGCGGCGAUUCUGGUGUCCUCCAAGUUCGUCUGUUGUUUCGGGCCGAAAUUUCAGAUCAACAACGUCGCACAGAGGAGCCAGCGCUUCGGUUCGCUAGCGGGAUGGAGGGGCAACUUUCUGGAGCGCAAAACCGUCCAGGUUUUCCGAACGCAGCACCAGCAUCAUGGCAGGUCAUCAGCCUGGAGAUUUCCCCCUACCUGGAGAGCUGCAGCACCUCACCUGUCCAGGUCACAACAGGCUGCAAAUGGAGCAGGAGCGUUGGGAAAGCGUAUGACAACACAGGCGACAUCAAAAGUGCAGAAACCUACGAAGCUGCCCAAGAGAGACUGUUCAGUCCACGGUAGCGGUGGGGACUCCUCUAUCCCCAUAGGUGUGAAGGGAGUCCCUGAGGACAGGGUGGCAGGCCUGCAGAUAGUCAGGAACAUGCUGCGGUAUGUCUGGCCUAAAGGAAGGACAGACAUCAAGACUAGGGUGGUCGUGGCACUCGGGCUGCUCGUAGGAGCCAAGCUGCUGAAUGUCCAGGUCCCCUUCAUCUUUAAGUACGCUGUAGACUACCUCAACCAGCCUGCUCUGUUCAACCUGGAUAACCCUGCCAACACUAUCAUCACCUUCGCAACCGCACUCGUCAUUGGAUAUGGCAUUGCCAGGGCGGGAGCGGCGGGAUUUAACGAGCUGAGAAACGCGAUUUUUGCGAAGGUGGCGCAGAGCUCGAUCCGUCGCGUCGCCAGGAACGUCUUUCUGCACCUCCACAACCUGGACCUCAGCUUCCACCUCUCCAGACAGACAGGUGCACUUUCCAAGGCAAUCGACAGGGGGACUCGAGGAAUCAACUUUGUGUUGUCUGCUCUGAUCUUCAAUGUGGUGCCAACAAUCCUGGAAGUCUCACUUGUCACUGGCAUUUUGUGGUACAAGUGUGGGGUGCAGUUUGCUGCGGUCACGCUGGGCUGUAUCGGCGCGUACGCCGCCUUCACCCUCAGCAUCACCGCCUGGAGGACGAAAUUCCGCGUGCAGAUGAACCGGGCAGACAACCAAGCCGGCAACAUGGCCAUCGACUCGCUCAUCAACUACGAAACUGUCAAGUACUUCAACAAUGAGACAUUUGAGGCAGACCGUUAUGACAAGUUGCUGGCUCAGUAUGAGGUGGCUUCUCUGAAGACGAGCACGAGCCUCGCCCUCCUUAACUUUGGACAGAACGCCAUCUUCAGUACAGCAUUGGCUGGCAUCAUGGUACUGGCCAGCAAAGGCAUCAUGGCAGGCACUAUGACAGUAGGAGACCUUGUGAUGGUGAAUGGGCUGUUGUUCCAGCUCUCCCUCCCUCUAAACUUCCUUGGCUCAGUGUACAGAGAGGUGCGACAGUCCCUCAUCGACAUGCAGACCAUGUUCAGCCUCCUCAGUCUGGAUACAAACAUCAAGUCUAAAAUCCAGGCCCCAGCACUGCAGCUAUCCCCAACAGAAGCCACCAUCAGGUUUGAGGAUGUGUUUUUCGAGUACCAGAAGGGGCAGGAGAUCCUAAAGGGCCUGAGUUUUGAGGUUCCUACAGGGAAGAAGAUUGCCAUUGUUGGAGGCAGUGGGUCAGGGAAGUCGACGAUCGUGAGACUACUGUACAGAUUUUACGACCCAAUGGGGGGUCGGAUCACAGUGGGAGGACAGGACAUCAGGGACAUCACAGUGGACAGUCUGAGGAGCCACAUCGGGGUGGUACCACAGGACUGUGUGUUGUUCCACAACACCAUCUUCUACAACCUGCAGUAUGGGAACAUCCAGGCCCCAGCAGACGAGGUGUUGAAGGCUGCCCAGAUGGCAGAACUGCACAGCAGCAUCGUCAGGAUGCCACAGGGGUACGACACUCAGGUGGGGGAGCGGGGACUCAAGCUAUCAGGAGGAGAGAAGCAGCGUGUUGCGAUCGCCAGGACCAUACUGAAGGACCCGCCUAUCAUCGUGUAUGACGAGGCCACGUCAUCGCUAGACUCCAUCACUGAACAGGCCAUCAUGACUGCCCUGCAGAGUGUGACGAAAGGCCGGACGUCGAUCUUCAUCGCACAUCGCCUCUCGACGGUGGUGGACGCUGACGAGAUCCUGGUACUUCAGGAUGGGAGGGUGGCCGAGCAGGGUCCGCACCAUGAGCUGCUGAACAGGGAGGGCGGGCUGUACGCUAACCUGUGGAUCAGCCAGCAUCAGAGGGCCCUCGAGGACCAGAAUAACAACAACGGACAGAAAGGUGCUGACGACAGCAAUGGACCAGUGGAUAGAGUUGAACAGAAAGUAUGAGGAGACUCUUAGGUAGGGAAACAGUCCAAACUGUCCAUUCAAGAGGGCACUUGGGGGAACCAUAAAAUCUGGACAAGAGGCGGUCUUACUGAGAGGCAAAGAAAUGAUAAUUUCCAUGGCUUAGCAGAUAUUUUGGUGCCUGGUUGAGUAUCAGAACAACAAAAAUGGACAAAGGGUGCUGACGAGAGCAACGAAAAUGGAGUCAUGGGCAAAGUUGAGCAGAAAGUUUGAGGAGAGACACAGAAAUAAAUUUUAAGGUAACUACCUACUGUACGUGAACCAGAACAACAAUGGACAAAAAGGUGCUGAAGACAGCAAUAGACUAGUGAACAGAAUUGCGCAGAAAGUUUGAGGAGAGGCACAGAAAUAGAUGAUUGUUCGUCCAUCGUUCAGCACAGAAGGAAACUACAUGAACAUGAACCAGUCAGAACACCAGUGGGCAGAAAAGUGCUGAUGAGAGCUACGGACUAGUAGAGGAAAAGCAGAGGAAUCCAAGAGACAAGCGGAAAGACUAAAAAAAAAAAGAAACUUGGAGAAAGAACCAGAAAGUAACUGUGCAAAAGUCUAUAACAACACUGGCCAUUUUGAAUUUUGUAUAUGAUUGUUUUCCUUUUAUUUUUCAGUCAUCUAUAGGAGACAUUGAAUUUCAUACAUUGUACAGUCUAUUUUCUGUACCUUAUAAAGUUUUACGGCAAAUUUUGAAAUUGGAGCAGCAAUGGCAUCCAAUGUUCUCAUUUUAUAUUUAGAUGAAUGUUACAUUUGGUAGACUUUUUGAUGACUUAAAAUCUGAGUUUAUAAAAAAAUCUGAACUGCCAACAUUCUUAAGAAGAAAGAAGACAAAUGAAAUGAAGAGACAAAUUUUGCAUCAACACCUUUUAAUAUCAGAGACUAAAUCUCCAAUGUUUUAUUUGUGGAAGUCCAUCUUUACAAAAGAUAUUUCCACCAGUAUGUA